CUCGACUGGUGGCAAAGGGCUAUUCACAACAACCCGGUAUUGAUUUCACAAGACAUAUGCACCAGUAGCGAGGAUGGAGACCAUCAGAACAGUUCUCGCUCUAGCUUCUCAACUGGAGUUACCAAUAUACCAGCUGGAUGGUAAAUCAGCAUUUCUAAACGGAGAACUGGAAGAAGAAAACUAUGUGGAGCAACCACGAGGCUAUGAGAAAAAAGGAGAAGAAGACAAAGUCUAUCGUCUCCGAAAGGCUUUAUACGGGCUGAAGCAAGCACCGAGAGCCUGGAAUAGCAGAAUUGAUCGAUAUUUUCAGCAAAACGGAUUUCAAAGAAGUCCGAGUGAAGCAUCUCUCUACAUCAAAAAGGGAGAAGGAAAAGAUUUUCUAAUGGUGUGUUUGUAUGUUGAUGACUUGAUUUACACAGGUACAAAUCAACAUAUGAUCGAAGAAUUCAAAAGUACCAUGAUGAAAGAAUUCGAGAUGACAGACUUGGGACUCAUGAAGUAUUUUCUUGGGAUCCUAGUGAAGCAGUCACCUGGAGAAAUAUUUAUUUCACAGGAGAAGUACACCGAAGAUAUGCUGAAAAGAUUUCACAUGGCAACGUGCAAACCAAUCUCAACACCGAUGGCGUUGAACGAGAAAUUGCAACGCAAUGAUGGAGCUGAAAAAAUCGAUGGAAAGUUGUACAGGAGUCUCGUCGGGUCACUCAUUUACCUGACACAUACCAGACCGGAUAUAUGUCAUUCAGUAAGUCUUAUAUCAAAAUUUAUGAAUGAACCUAGCAAACUUCAUUUUGCAGCAGCAAAAAGAAUUUUGCGGUAUCUUCAAGGUACAAAGAAAUUGGGCCUGAUGUACAAGAAAGAAGCAGAAAGCAAGCUGACUGGAUUUACCGAUAGUGGCUGGGCAGGAUCACUAGAUGAUCGAAAAAGCACAUCGGGGUACAUAUUCUGCCUGGGUUCAAAACAAAUUUCCUGGAGUUCAAAGAAGCAGAAGACUGUGCCAUUAUCUUCAGCGGAAGCAGAAUAUAUCGCAGCUACAGAUGCAACAUGCGAAGCGGUAUGGCUAAAGAGAUUAAUUUAUGAUUUGCAGCAAAAUGAAAAUGGUCCAACCAUUAUUCAUUGUGACAACAUGUCAGCCAUAGCCAUGACAAAGAAUCCAGUAUUUCACGCAAGAUCGAAGCAUAUCGAGUUGCGUCAUCAUUUCAUCCGAGACAUCGUCAACGAAGGACUCAUCGUGAUGGAAUUUAUCAACACCGACGACCAGCCAGCAGAUAUCAUGACAAAGGCGGUCACCCGUGAGAAGUUCAAGAAGCUUCUCCAGAUUGCAAAUUAAGAGGGGGUGUUCAAAGGUAAUUUGCAACAAUAAUUAUCAUAACCAAAAUGUCCCACUACAAUCACUUCAAGAGGACAACCCAUUUGCACAAGAUAGACAUCUCAACCUACUGCCAACAAAGAAGUAAAUUGAUUGUUAUGCAAACAAAUAAUUCAGCAAGUGGAUGUGAUGAGAAGAAAGCAAGCCAACCAAAUUAAUGGGUGAAUAAUUAUGUAGUCCCAUGCAUAUCAAGUUGGCAAGAAACAUGAAGUAAUUAC